CCUGUUGAGAUUGGGAUGAGUCUGGAUAUCGCCAGCAUUGAUGCCAUCUCAGAAAUCAAUAUGGACUACACAGCCACUAUCUUCCUGCGUCAGCGUUGGAGGGACUCCCGACUGGUGUUCCCAGGGAAUGAGAGUGUGAGUGUGGAUGGACGACUAGUCUCCCUCCUCUGGAUCCCAGACACCUUCAUUCCAGACUCCAAACGCUCCUUCCUGCAUGACGUCACCGUGGAGAACCGUCUCAUACGGAUCUUCAGCAACGGGACCGUUCUCUAUGCUCUACGAAUAACAGCGACCAUCGCCUGCAACAUGGACCUAACCAAGUACCCAAUGGACAGACAGGUGUGCACCCUGCAGCUGGAGAGCUGGGGCUACAACCUACAGGAUGUAAUAUUCUACUGGACUAGAGGGAAUGACUCAGUGAAGGGUCUGGACACACUGCGCCUUGCCCAGUACAGUAUUGAGAGUUACUACACAUCUGUUUCUGAGGCUGUCUAUGAGACAGGGCUGUACCCGAAGCUGGUGCUCCACUUUGCUCUGCGCAGGAACGUGUUGUUCUUUAUCCUGGAGACAUACGCCCCUUCUACUCUGUUGGUGGUGCUCUCCUGGGUCUCCUUCUGGAUCAGCCAAUCAUCUGUCCCUGCACGCACCUGCAUCGGUGUGACCACAGUACUGACGAUGACUACUCUCAUGAUGGGUGCCCGUACCUCUCUCCCCAACGCCAACUGUUUCAUCAAGGCCAUAGACGUGUACCUGGGCAUCUGUUUCACGUUCAUCUUUGGGGCGCUGCUGGAGUACGCCUGCGCCCACUUCUGUACCGUGCAGCACCAAACCGUAGGAGACAUACACAGGGAGCUCCUUCAGGAGUUUGAUGACUCCAACGGAAACGGUACCAUGCCCGUGGUCAGCUCCAGCCAACCAAAUCAGGUCCUGGAGCUAGGCUCCACCCAAAAGGAUCUUGUUGAUCAAUCGGGGACGAGUGUCAGCGAGGCCGAGGCUACAGAGAAGAAGCCGGAGAAGGGGUGUGGCCUGACGUCGUUUAAGAACGCGGCGCGGCGUGCGUUGUCUGUGUUUAACAUAGAGAACCCUCACAACAUCGACCGCCAUGCUCGCACCAUGUUUCCCCUCACCUUCCUGGCGGUUAAUGUCUUCUACUGGCUCUAUUAUCUCUUCAUCUGAUCUGAGUAGCACACAUCCCAUCAUCUGAUCUGAUCUGAGUAGCACACAUCUCUUCAUCUGAUCUGAUCUGAGUAGCACACAUCUCUUCAUCUGAUCUGAGUAGCACACAUCCCAUCAUCUGAUCUGAUCUGAGUAGCACACAUCCUAUCAUCUGAUCUGAGUAGCACACAUCUCUUCAUCUGAUCUGAGUAGCACACAUCAAAUAAUCUGAUAUGAUCUGACCAGUACACAUCUCUGAUCUGACCUGGGUAGCACACAUCUCUUCAUCUGAUCUGAGUAGCACACAUCCCAUCAUCUGAUCUGAUCUGAGUAGUACACAUCUCUUCAUCUGAUCUGAUCUGAGUAGCACACAUCUCUUCAUCUGAUCUGAGUAGCACACAUCCCAUCAUCUGAUCUGAUCUGAGUAGCACACAUCUCUUCAUCUGAUCUGAGUAACACACAUCCCAUCAUCUGAUCUGAGUAGCACACAUCUCUUUAUCUGAUCUGAGUAGCACACAUCCCAUCAUCUGAUCUGAUCUGAGUAGCACACAUCCCAUCAUCUGAUCUGAUCUGAGUAGUACACAUCUCUUCAUCUGAUCUGAGUAGCACACAUCAAAUCAUCUGAUAUGAUCUGAGUAGUACACAUCUCUGAUCUGGGUAGCACACAUCUCCUCAUAUGAUCUGAGCAGUACACAUCUCUGAUCUGAUCUGAGUAGCACACAUCUCUUCAUCUGAUCUGAGCAGUACGCAUCUCUGAUCUGAUCUGAGUAGCACACAUCAAAUCAUCUGAUCUGAGCAGUACACAUCUCUGAUCUGAUCUGAGUAGCACGCAUCUCUUGAUCUGAUCUGAGUAGCACGCAUCUCUUGAUCUGAUCCGAUCUGAGUAGCACACAUCUCUUCAUCUGAUCUGAAUAGCAUACAUCUCUUGAUCUGAUCUGAAUAGUUCACAUCUCAUCAUCUGAUCUGAUCCGAAUGGCCCCCUAUUUCCUAUGAGGUGCACUACUUUUGACCAAAGCCCAGUAGUGCACUAUAUAUUGCGUCCAAAAUGGCCCCCUAUUUCCUAUGAGGUGCACUACAUUUGACCAAACCCCAGUAGUGCGCUAUAUAGGGACUGUGUCCAAAAUGGCCCCCUUUUUCCUAUGUAGGGCACUACUUUGACCAACACCUAUAGAGAAGGACCCUGGUCAAAAAUGGUGCACUACACUCUUAGAAAAAAAGGUGCUAGCUAGAACUUUAAAGGGUUCUUAAGUUGUCUACAUAGGAGGACCCAUUGAAGAACCCUUAUUGGUUUAAGGUAGAACCUUUUUGGUUCCUGGUAAAACCCCUUUGGGUUCCAUGUAUAGUUAAUUCAGAAAGUAUUCAGAUCCCUUGACAUAUUACACAUUUUGUUACAUUACAGCCUUAUUCUAAAA